CUCGAGAUAUUUAGUUUUAGUCUCGCCGAAGCCAUCGUCGCGUGUGUCCGCGAUGUACAACAAUAAAUAAAUCAAGCUUAAUCACUCCAAACUAGUCUCCGGGGCCAAUUGAAGCACCCCCACACCAAUCCCCCCCUCAAAAAAAAAAACCAAGUCAAUAAAGCCCCAACUAAAAAUAAAAUAAUCAUCAUCUCCGACUCAUCCAGUAAAAAUCCGUAACGCGAGUGAUCAUCAUAUGUUAUCACCUCCACCAAGUGAUGAUUCCCACCUAGACCCCCGAUAAAGUGCCAAAAAAAAAUCAUCGACAAAAUUGGAUACCGCAAAAUGAUGCUGGAGGGAUUACGCAAAAUGCUGUGAAUAUCCUAGAUGCGUGAUUUUGUAAGCGAGAGAGGACUGAGAGGCUGAGGGAAUGGGUGCUGGUAUGGGUAGAACAGGAACGAGUGGUGGUGGUAUCCUGGAGGCAUUACCAUCUGGUACACCACUGCAUGUUGCCAUGCUGGGUCUAGACAGUGCUGGUAAAACAACAGCACUUUAUCGAUUGAAGUUCGAUCAGUACUUGAAUACAGUACCAACAAUUGGAUUUAACUGCGAAAGAAUUCGCGGGGGCAUUGGAAAGGCGAAAGGUGUUAAUUUUCUCGUUUGGGACGUGGGAGGUCAGGAGAAGCUGCGACCACUUUGGAAGAGCUACACGAGGUGUACUGAUGGUAUUAUUUUUGUGGUUGACUCUUGUGACACCGAAAGACUCGAGGAAGCCAAAAUGGAGCUCACGAGAACUGCCAGGAGUCCCGAUAACGCAGGUGUACCUGUUCUCAUUUUAGCUAAUAAACAAGACUUGCCAGGUGCUAAGGACGUUGGCGAACUGGAAAAACAUCUCGGGGUACUGGAGUUGACGGGUUCACCGGGGAGUUCCUGUAUAAGGGUCCAACCAGCCUGUGCCAUUACUGGGGAGGGUCUUCAUGAGGGUCUUGAUACGCUUUAUCAGCUGAUUCAGAAGCGACGUAAACUCGCUAAGCUGAAUCGAAAGAGGGCGAGGUAGGCCCGGGCCUCGGAGGACUGUACGUGCGUAUUCUGAUACUGUCCUCGAAUCGUAGGAUUCAGAUGUACUGGUGCAUUGGUCAUUCACCAAACUCGUCAAUCAGGUUUUUCAGCGGCAUUGGAUUUUGGAAGAAUCACUGCUGCAUGGACUAUUAAUUUUUUUAUUGGGUACUGCGAACCCAAGGGGAUGAUGGCACGUCAAGCGAUGAUUUUUUAAUGGUCUGAGCCAACGGUGGGGGAGUGAUAAAACUUCGGUGGUUUUCCUGGUGAAGUUCAAACUCCAAGGAUUUUAAGCUGAUCGUUAAAUUCCCGCGAUUCUCUAUUUAUUAUGGAAUUUAUUAUGGAUCAUCAGGGAAAAAGAUAAAUCCCUUGUGAAAAGCGAUUAUAAAUCAUUGAUGUAAAAAAUCGUGGGGUUAAAGAGAAAAAUUGAUAAUUCGAGAAAUGUCUGGAGAAAUAAAUGUGAAGGAGUGAACGAAAAAAAUUACUCAAGUGGAGAGAUUCAUUAAAAUAUCAAAGAAAAAUUCUUCGUGUUUUCUCCUCAAACCACUCGAAGUAUUUGCAUAACAAAAAACAAGUGACUCAACCAGUUUUAUCACUUCCCGCAAUGUUAAUCCCAAAAAAAAAUGAGGGAAAUGAAAAUUUCUUCGUAUUCCGACGAAAACAGUCGGGAGUGGAGAAAAAAAAACAAUGUAAUCUCUUAGAUGCAACAUAUUUAGGUCAGAAUGGAGAAGAGACUGUGUCGAAUCAUGACUGACGUCUGUAACCGAGUUAAUCCAUCAAAUCCUACGUACUUGUGCCUCACUUACAUAUUUUGCACUGUUUUUCUAUUAACCCCUUCCUCGUGCUCGUGUCAAUGUUGCUGCGAUUACCCUGGUGCUUCCGGAGAGUUUAUUCCUAUUGUUUUUUUUUGUUGAUGACGGAGAAGUCAAACGAGCUUUCUAGUGUUUAUUAUUAAUUCGUGUCAUGCGUUCGCGAGGGACUUGGGAAAAUUAUUGAAAGUGUUUUGGUGAAUUUGAAAAAAAUUCGACGUCAUUGCUGGCAAUUGAUGGUCAAUUAUUGAUUGUUUCGAAAAUACAUAUCGUUUUGCCGCUUGCUCGAUCCCAAAAAUCGACCAGUUUAUCAUUAUUCUUGUAGGAUUCGAUUUUUUGCUCAUUAGUCGUUUUAUGUUUCAUUGGAUUUCUGGGUUUCACUCGGAAUUGGGGCCCAGUGGAGUCCACUGAGGGCCUCGUAGUAAAAUUUCGUUAGGACCUUUUCUGUAGCUCUCAAUUGACUCUGCAAAAAAGUAUUCCACUAAAAUUUCGCUACUCCCUCAGUUUCGGAGAUAUUUCCAGAAUACUCGGCAUUUUUUUUCAGAACAAAAUUUUACGGAAACAAACGACUCUUCGAAUCUUCACUGGACUUCACAUUUUUCAUUGAAAAAAAUAUUUCACGAGUCUAAAUUAGAGUGAUGAUACUAGUCGACAUUGACAAACAUUGUUUUUAUUUUUUUUUAAACGUAUAAUAUACUAUUGAAUGAUUGUGGCAAUGAUAAAGAUUUUGUAAAUACAAGUAUUUCUACUGCGUCACUGUUAAAUCCGUGACAUUUAGAGUUUGUAAUGAAAAUUGGAAUAAUUGCUUGAACAGAUGAGAUAUCGAGCCUCCAACGAUUGAAAGUCACAUUAGAAUUCAAUAAACAAUUAUCGAUGAGAGAUUUGUUCGAGCAAAUGAGUCUUAGAUGUUAAGGGAAUCGUAUAAGAAAUUAAUGUUGUUUUUUAUAACGAAAAUAAUUGAAACGGAGAAUGUAUUACGAGAAUUGUAUACUUGUACUUGCCCUUGUUGUGUUUUAUUAGUCUCGAAUAUUUUAUCUCGAGUUUUUCAUUGGAGGGAGAUCACUGAAUUUAUUUAUCGCGUCGAGAGGUCGACGUGAUCAAUACAAAGAAUUCAUUGUGUGCAAGUAGUGACUAAAUUCCAUUGGAUGUUUAUGUUUCGUCAGUGGAUCAUAUUUAUGCAGUAGAUUAUUUAAAUGUAUCAUUGAACAAUUGAGAGACGACGAGGAUUGGUAGCAUUACGGUUGAUUUUUGAAUUGAUUAAAAAUUUUGAGGAAUAAAUCUAAUGAGAAAAAUUG